UCACUUGUCUUCUGUUCCUCGGGAAAGAAGUAACGGCUGUCGGAGUCUUGCUAGAAAUUUUGCCUGUGAGAGGGUCAGGACCUGCUCUUCUCCUGGAAGAAUCAUGGAUCUUAAACCCAUUGAGAUGCCGACUCUGGGACGUCCCCUGCAGCUGGGGAUGCUGUACGACUGCCGAGAUGACCGCUUUAUCCCAGGUGUUACCUUGUGGGAUAUCAAUGACACCGAAAAGGACAUGCGCUCCCAGGUCCAGCACCGGACGGAAUUCCGCAUCAUUGCCUCUGACUCCCUGGAAGAGAAGUCCAACGCCCUCAGCAUCAGCGCCUCUCUGAAGGCAAGUUUCCUGGGGGGGCUGGUCAGUGUAGAAGGAUCGGCCAAAUAUGUGAACGACACCAAGAAAUCCAAACAACAGGCUCGGGUCACGCUCCACUACUCCACCACCACUGAGUUCAAGCAGCUGACGAUGAAGCACUUGGGCCGGCAGAACAUCACGUAUCCUGAUGUGUUCGAUAAUGGCACCGCCACUCACGUGGUGACGGGAGUCCUGUUCGGGGCUCAGGCUUUCUUCGUGUUUGACCGGGAAGUCUCCUCCUCUGAGACCAUACAGGACGUACAGGGAAGCCUCAAAGUGACAGUGACCGGGAUCCCCUUCAUGACUAUCGAAGGGGAAGGAUCUGCCAGUGUGAAGGACAAAGAGAAGAAGAACCAAGAGAAUUUCCACUGUACGUUCUAUGGAGACUUUGCCCUGAAGAACACUCCGAAAACGUACAUGGAGGCCAUAGAAGUCUAUUCCUCCCUCCCCAAGCUGCUCGGAGAGCACGGGGAGAAGGCGGUGCCGGUGAUGGUCUGGCUUUACCCGCUGGAGAAGCUGGAUUCCAGAGCCGCCAAACUGGUCCGAGAGAUCAGCAUCGCGCUGGUUAAUGAGACGCAGGCCGUGCUGGAGGGGCUGACGGAUUGUCUCACCAGGUGCAACGACAUGUUGGCCUCCAAGGCUGCAGCAUUUCCUGAAAUCAAGAGCCGGGCUGAGAGGUUCCGACAGCUCGUUCAGCUCUACAAACUCACGUUUCAGAAACAACUGUCAAGCAUCUUACCUCACAUCCGGGGUGGAGGGAAACAGGAAGAAAGCUUGGCAGAGCUCUUGGCUAGUAAAGAACAGUCACCCUUAUGUGCCCAACGAAUAAAUGAAUUUCUAAAUCGAAGCGAGGGGGAGAUUAAUUUUGUGAAUGCCUACCUGGUUCUGCUGGAGGAAGUUGCUAUUGCUCUUUCUGAGAAUGAACGAGAUAAAGUUCUCUUUGAACCAAACGUUAACUUUGUUUUUGCAUUUACCUUCACCUCAUUACCGGAAGAAGUGCCGUACUUGUCCGAGUUGAAUCUCUGGUUUCAAAAAAACUCAGCGCAAGAAACUCAGGAUCCGCCACCAUCCAUUGCUGCCCCGCAGAAAUCCAAAUCCAGCCUGUGGUUCAGACAGAAGGGAAUCCAGAAGAAAUUACGGCAAACUGUCAUAUCUUUUCUAGAGUUUGCGAAGGCCAAUGGGUGUAAUAAGAAGAUUCGGUUCAUUGUGGCAUCUGAGCCAAACCAAGACAUCCCAGCAGCUUCAAUUUAUCUCUAUGAACAGGGAGAGCCGAUCGACACCAGCUUUGAGCCUCCCUCCAUCCCCACCCCUCCCCAGAUUGAUAGGGUCAGGCACGACCAUGUCCAGUUUGUACUGACGCCAACAACGGGGGAAAGAGAGGAGAUAAAGUGUUAUCAGGUAGAGUACAGAGCAAUAGGAGAGGUAGAGUGGGUAGUCAAGAUGGUGGACAGGAAGCAGGAAAAGAUCUUAAUAACCGGGUUAGUUCCAAACACCCAUUAUCAGUUCAGAAUUGCUGAUGUGUAUGUGUCAUGGAGGAGCCAAAGCAGCGAUGUGAGUGAUCCUGUGAAGACCCUUCCCACCGGUCCCCCUGGAAAACUUUCAGCAGUUCUCAAGUCACGACAGGUGGUGACCCUCUGUUGGCAGAGACCAAAAGUCAUACCAAAAGAGAUCGUGGUCUCGGAAUACAGGGUGGAAUUCAGAGAGGAGGCCGGGGGAGCCGGGGAGCAGGGAGGGAGUGAAUGGAGACAACAGACAACUGGAGAGGACACGGAGACCUGCGACAUCAAUGAAUUGAAAACUCAGACGCUCUACAGGUUCCGAGUGUCAGCUGUGUGCGUGGACGGGUGUGUCGGUGACCCCAGCGAGGAGAUACUGGUCUCCACCAUAAGGGAAAAAGAAAAGCUCUCACUGGAUCCAGAAACAGCCAAUGAAUACCUGUGCCUGUCCAAGGGCAAUAAAUCUAUGGAAUGGAUUGUACCGCCACAGAGGGUGUCCCAGAAUCACAAGAGAUUUGUGGGGGAAGCCUACGUGCUGGGCUCCAGAGGCUUUCAGUCGGGCCAGCACUACUGGGAGGUGGAGGUAGAAGGGAAGGGAUUAUGCAAGAUUGGGGUGGCCGCGGAGUCUGUAGAGAGGAAGAGUAGCCAGGCCCAUGAGAAGACCAUUUGGAGUCUGACUAUUUGCACCCCAUACCACGUGUUCAUCAAUAACGAACCUAACCCAAACAUAGAAGUCCCACGCAUCGUGGGGGUCUUACUAGAUUUUGAUGGGGGCCAGGUGAUCUUCUACAAUGCGGAAACCCAGGAGGAGAUUCACACUUAUCACGUGAUUUUCCAAGAGAAAAUCUUCCCUUUACUUGGAUUUCAGGGACAGGGAGCCCGCCUGACCCUAAGAUCCUGAGACACCCCCUGCCACUCCCAGUAAUGGCAAGCACUGUACUAAGCCCUGGGGUAGAUCAAAGGGAAUCAGUUCACUCGUAGUCUAAAUAGGAUUCUUCCUCUCUCUACUGCUCUCCUGUUCACCAGUGAUGGGAAACCAGUACCUGGGUUCAUCCUGAAAUUUCAUUCGCUCCCCCAAGGCUCUGCCCAUCGUCCCCUCCGCUUCCCCCCCAUCAGCUACAAUCUCCUGCUUGCGAACCCCGCAGGAGGGUCCCAAGAUGUUGAGUCGCCAGAUUGACAGGCUUUCCUGGAUCUGCUUGCUUGUGUCUCUGUCUGUAGAAACCCAUCUGCUGAUUUCUUCUGCCUUCAAAAAAAAUUAAUGCCAGUAAUAAAGUUCCAAAAAAAGCA